UAAGCACAAGCGCAUCGAGAUCUCCAAUGUUCGCCACAUUCACAUUAACGCGCAGAACGAGAGCUGCUCGACUCGCUCUUCUACUUCAAGUAUAUUCUAACCGAUUUCAGCAAUGGACCGUGGACGCAAAGCUAUCCCAACCCUGAACAAGCACACGGACUCCAAGUACUACCAACGAUGCCAGGAGAUCCACCGGUCCAAGCUCUUCACCAUCAAGAGUUCAAUCGACAAUAGCGAACCACACCGCCCAACCCACUUGCGCAAGAAUAUGAAGAAGGAGCAGAUGAGAGAGGAGCGCUACGCUGAGAUCGAGCGCGAGAACCGCAUCUUACUGGAGAAGAUGUCGACUAUCAUGCAAGGAGAGACGCUCGACAACAAAAACCAGUCUAUUGCGUACUCUCACAGUCUCAACAAGGGGCAGCGCAAGCGUGAAUUACAGAGGAUCACGUCUGAAAAUCAAGCCAUUCUACGUCGCAUCCAGAUGCGGGAACCCACGUACGAUCACUUGCAGUGGGAAGAAGACGCCAAGAGAAAUGAGCGAUACGCUGCUAACAUCCGCGAGUUUCCGCUGAGCGAUAAUCAGGAGCAGCUUGCAGAAAUGCGGACCAUGUCUGCAUACUCGAUGGGUGGAACAGGCAAGGACUACUACUAGGCAGUACCCAGCGAUCCCACUUCAAUUAAUAUAUCAAAACUAUC